GCCGCGUCCCCCGGUUCCACGCUGGGCUUUGCUAGAACGGCCUGAGUCUGAGGAACAGCUGGAACAGCGUUCCAGAUGUGCUGUGGCUGCUUCCAGUGAGAGCUGCCGAUCGCUCGUCUGCUGUUCUGAGUCUCUGGUGAUCUCUGCGUAAUGGAAAAUGGGCCGAAUCCUGUCAUCAGAACCGUCACCAUGCUGAUCCUCCUCGCUGUAAUAUUCGCCGUUCACAUCAUCGGCAUCGUCCUCCUCCUGGUGGCGACCAUCGACAAUGCCUGGUGGAUGACUCAGAACGUGUCCACCGACGUGUGGUUCCGCUGGGUCCAGCAGGGCGGCGUGUGGAACCACACCGACCUUCCUUCAGGCACCUCCUACCCUCAAGUGGGUGUGUGGGCUCAGCCUGUCUCUCUGGCGCCCCCUGCAGAGUACCUCCAGGCGGUGCAGGCCUGCUCCGUCCUCGCCUGCAUCUUCUCCAUCCUGGGUGUCUUCGUGUUCGUGGCUCAGCUCUUCACCCUUGAAAAAGGACAGCGUUUCACCAUCUCCGGCGUCUUCCAGUUCAUUGCCUGCCUGUGCAUCAUGGUCGCAGCCUCCAUCUACACAGAUCGCUUCCACCUCAACGAGAACGGCUGGUACGGCCACAGCUUCAUCCUGGCGUGGAUCUCCUUCGGCCUCACCUUCAUCUCCUCCAUCAUCUACUUUGUGCUACGUAAGAAGACUGCGUGAGGACUCUGUCACGUGUCUGGACCCAGGCUUCCGGCUCCAGCCUGACUCGGUGCCCGUAUCCAGAUUCAGGGUGGAGCCGGCAGCGUGGAUCCGGCUGCAGGAAGAGCAGGCAGCUGCUCCCUCAGAUACCGGUGCUUCAUUGAGCCUGCCCACGGUCGGCAAACUCAAUCAACCACAGCUUAUCUGAGUUUUCUGGACCCAGACCUGCGACCUGUGGGCUGGAUUUCUUCAGGGCAUCUAAGAAUUAAGCAUAUUUUUUUGUUUAUAAACUUAACAUUCAUAGGAUGCGAUGAUAAAUUAAAAUCCAACAAUGUGUCUGUUUUUUACCAACGACAGGUUGAAGAGUAAAAUCUAUGUAUGUUUGUGUUGUUCUAUGAGUGUUGGAUAAAAUGGGCGAGUUAUGAUUUUAGUUUUAUUCUGGUUCAACCUUAUGUGAUGUGAGUGAUCCGGCUUCAUCAUGAACCUUUACACUACGUUACUGUACUGACACGACUGAUCUAUUUACACGUCAAAGGAAUUCGAUCCAAAUCCAAAUCUGAAUGAAUCACUUCACAUUUGUCCUCAAUCAACUACUGAGUAAUUCUAAAUGUAUUUUACUGCUCCGGUGUAAUCAGAUCCAUGUUUGUUGUGCUGUGACACUCAGGCGUCUGCUUGACGUGUAAAUGUAUAGUUUUGCAUAAAGCUUCACACGUCUGAUGCCUUUUUAUUUUUGUUAGAGUUAUUUCUCAUGAAUUAUAUUAAACUUGAUUUACUGACAUUA